AGUUAAUUGUCAAUUUUACAAAAAUACAUACGAAAAAAGAGACUAAUUACUUUUAAUGGUUUAAUUCGUCGAAGAAAUGCUGUUUCUGGCAUCGCGGGCGUACCAGUUCGGAGGUGUCUUUAGGCUGAAAAUCGAUGGUCAGUGUACGGUGUGAAAAGUGCGAAAAUUCCUCGACGAAAAGCAACCGCCCUGCAUUUGCAUUGCGCUUGCAGUACGCGCUAAUGUUGUAAUGAAAAAACGGCAACGCUCACCCCCCGAGGAACAACAUUACCACGGGCCAGAAGCCAGAAGCAGCAACAACAGCAUUUGAACAUUCACUAGCUUGUACCAUCGCGGACGGAAACUGUUUGUGAGCUGCGCUCUGGUCCUCACCAUUUUGUUUCAUAUCACAACAGCAGGCGGACAUUGUAAAAGGGGGGACUCCCUGUUGUGCCCACGGGCGCAAAUCGCAAGGUGGUGCGCGGGUACGGCCCACUGACGGCCCAGUGUUUAUUUAUCAGCAACAUAAGAAACAAACGUAGGCGAAGGUAAUAACAACAAAUCAACAUUGGACCGUGCGCCACCCAGCACAAUGUCGUCGACGGGACUGGUGGAAAAGUCGUUCGUCAACUGCGAUGAGCUGUUCUACCUGAAGUGGAACAACUUCCAGAAGAACGUCAGCACCCAGUUUGAAAAGUUGCGUGAAGAUGACGAUCUGGUAGACAUCACGUUUGCCUGCGAGGGCCGAAUGCUUACGGCGCACAAGCUGGUGCUGUUUGCAUGCAGCCCGUACUUUAAGGAGCUGCUAAAGAAAAAUCCUUCCCCGCAUCCGGUGUUUUUCAUGAACGAUGUUAAGUACGACGUACUGAAAGCCAUUCUGCAGUACAUGUACCUCGGCGAGGUGCACAUCACCAACGAGAAUCUAAAGGAGUUUAUCAAAACCGCCGAAGGACUACAGAUCCGUGGACUGAGCAAAGAAAACAAUGGUGAAGUGAUCAUACCGACCCAUCAGGAUGUGCUCCGUCGCGACGAGAAAAAUGACCAGAUGCUGGACGAGUUCUGUCGAAAACGGGCCGGCAUUGAGGAACUGCAAUCAUCCUCCGUACUGAACAUAAAACGCGUCAAAACGACGGCAGACGGAACGAUGGCGUCCGGUGGCGGUCAGGACGGGAAUGUGGACGUAGAGCCGAAAGUGGAAAUGGUGGAAUAUUUGGACAGUGAGGCAGGCACGCACCAGUCGCCAACGUACUGCAGUAUGGAAACGUAUGCCGAUAAAAACAAUCCUCGCACCACCAUGAGCCAUCUCGGAGCGAUCAAUAACGUAGCCGGAUUCACCCAAACUGGUGCCGCGUCCGUUUCCGGAGCGGGCACUAAUCAACCCGGUGGCUCCGGCGGCCACAGCCAUAAUGUGCACGAGUACAAAUCGGAGGACGACAGCAGUUGGAUGGAGAAAUCGCUCGACAACAUCUCCGUCAACUCGGAGCAAAGCAUGAAGUACAACAGUGGCGGCGGUGGCGGCAGUGGUGGUGGUGGCAGCGGGGGCAGCAGCGGCAACGGUGACAAAAACAAGGGACGCAGCAGUCGAAACAGCAACCGUUCGACCGAUGACAAAGCGAACUGUCUCACGCCACGCUGCUGUCCCGUUUGCUCGCGGCUCUACUCGAACGUGUCCAACCUGCGGCAACACAUGCGAUUGAUACACAAUCCGACGGCCGUCUGCUGCCCCAUCUGCCAGAAGCACUUCAACUCCGAGCUCUACCUAAAGCGGCACUACUCUUCGAUACAUUCGAUCAAUCCUAACAGCACCGGGGACGGUGAGCUGGUCGACACGAAACCUCCAACCUCGCAGCUACAGCAGCAGCAGCAACAACAACAGCAACCACCUCCACAGCAGCAAGCUCCCCAACCGACGCAACAGCAACAGGCCCAACAGCAGCAGCAGCAGCAACAGCAACAGCAGCAACAGCAACAGCAGCAACCUCAACAGCAGCAACCACCCGCCCCAACCGCAAACACGUGGAAUCCCUACCACCAUCACGAUGCCUCACAGUUGGUGAAUCCCUUCAUCAAGUAAUUGUACCGACGUUAACGAUCGGUUGCCACUACACUACUACUACCACCACCACCACACCACUACUACUGUAGGGCUGCAGAGACAAGUUUCUGCCGCGUUUUUACUAGUAUUGGCUGACGGACGGCUGCUACGAGUGUACCUAAUCCGCCGAAUGGUCACUGUCACUCUCCCUUUCAUCACCACCACCCCCACCUCAACCCCCUGCCAAACCAAUCCGAGAAUUGGCAGCAAGGUCGAAACAAACUCUCCUGGACCGAUAUAUUCUAACGGACGUGCAAUAAUAAGAAAAUCUAGCUCUACUGCUACCAACCAUUACAUCCGGCUCGGGAACGUAACGAUUCAUUCACGAUGCAUUGGCCAAAGUAUGUGUAAAAACUGUACGCAACGGAAGGAAAAAGGACGCCAACCGACUAGCAAAGUGGACGGACCCCGAGAGAGUUGCAAAAUUGCACAAAGAAACGGAAGAGAGAGUGAGAGAGAGAGAGAAUGUUUCCUCGUUUUAUUCUGAGGCUGACUUCGUUAUUUCGUUCGUUGAUUUUAAAGUUUUAAACGGUUUUACUUUAAGUUUAUCGCUUCAACGUGACAUGAUUUUAUAUACGUACAAAGAAACAAAAAUGGAAAACUUCUGCACGAAACCUUCCGCUGCUGCUGCUCGUGGUGCAUAGGUUUAAAUGGAAAACCAACUUGUAGCUUAACACACAUCAUUAGCUCAUAUGGGACAAGUUACUAAAACAGAAAACCAGGAAGCCAGUACCACACACCCAAACCCAACGCCAACCCUAUCCUUCAGUACAUCCAAACACUGUAAAGGUACUAUGUACUUAGCAUGCGUUCACUUAUACACACACACAAAGUGGGUCUGUUUGUCUCUUUCUCCUUUGCUCCAUGUCGUUCUGUGUUGGGACAUAUUCUAUGGGCUUUGUUUCGGGUGUGCUGUCUAGGCUAAUAGUGAUAAAUUAAGAGAAACUGAAUCCAGUGGAGUGGACGCGACGUGCAGCGCUACUACGCUAUACACUGUCGUAUGUGUGUAAUGAUAAUGAUAUGCGUAACUUAUACAAGAAAAAGCCCCCAACAAUCUACUAGAGUCGGUACUAUGUGCACCACGCACACAACCGAACCCUUCUCGUUGGGCAAGUGAACAGAGCGCGCGCCACUCGAAAUCGAAGGUGGGGAGGUUGCAGAGCCAAAUAGGAGAAUAAGCCCCCGGAAGGGUACCGGAAAACAAUCUGUCCCAUAUAGUGUGUAAACGUAGUAGGUUCGAUAUAAGCGCUGCAGCAAACACAAUAAUAUACGUACAAAAAGCUGUAAACGCAUACCUUAGGCAAAUGCUUUAGAUUUUAGUUUUCCGAUUUGGUUUGCGAUCGACGUCGGGACGUCGAGCGUGGGAUAGGAAGGUCCUUGCAGCUUCAGCAACAACCAACAAUCUUGUACAAUCGGUUGCUUCCGUCGUAAUUUAUGUUACAUACCGGCGUACUACUCACCCCCCCCCCCCCCCAUUUUAGCCUGAUUAUUGUACAUACAUACAUAUAGAGAGUAUUUGAUAUAUAAGCAGCAACAUUAUUCGGUAACGAUGGCGUUGAUUGGGCGUAUAAAUAAAGCAAGGUGAAGAUAAA